AUGGAUUAUGUCGGAAGAAUCGGUAGUCUCAUCACAUCGUUGAAUAACUUUUACAACGAAAUAAAUCCUGCAACAUUAUCGGGUGCCAUUGACAUUAUCGUGGUCGAGCAAGAAGAUGGCGAACUUGCGAGCUCUCCCUUUCAUGUGCGGUUUGGCAAGCUGUCUGUUUUGCUGCCUCAGGAAAAGAAGGUGGAAAUCAGUGUCAAUGGGGAUAAAGUGCCUUACCUAAUGAAAGUGGGUGAAGCUGGAGAGGCCUUCUUUGUCUUCGAAACAGACCAUGAAGUUCCCGAAGAAUUUCAGACAUCUCCCAUUUUGCAAGCAUUAGCAGAAAAUAGGUCCGAUGUUGAGGAACCUCCCUUCCUGGACAUUAGCGAGCACAAGGACGAAAAAGAUGCCUCUGAGCAGACCAAAGAUACCUUUGAAGACGACGAUGCCAACAACGACCACGACAAGAAGAUACCAGCUGAAUUGCAGUCGCCCAAGAUGAUCAUUGAGGAGCAGAUGGACAAGGUGGUCACCAAAAUGGACCCGUUCCAGCAUACGAUGGAGGAUACACAUCAGCCUAAGCCCGAGAACAAUUUGUACGCGAUGGACGAUGGGUCAACCUUAUUGGAGCGAGUGACCCCUGAGGCUAUCACCACUACAACUAUAGCGAAAGAGAGAUUCAUUGUGAGACCGGUCGAUGGAGAUAUCAACUCUUUGUGGAUGGAUGUCACUCACACGGCAGAACAAGACUUGAAACUACCGGCAGAAAAUAUCUCGAAAAAGACAAACGAUGGCUCAGGGGAGAAGGAGUCGAUUGUACUAGAUAUCUCUGGUUACAAAACGCAACAAAAGGGCCAGCAGGAAGAGGAAGAGGAAGAGGAAGAGGAGGAGCAGGAGGAGGAGGAGGAAGGUGUAUCAGCACAGCAGCAGCAGGAGGUUCCUACUACAGAAUCACAAAAGACAGCACAUUUAUUGACUGAACAACCUGAUACAAGCACAGAAGCCGAACAUAAUGCAUCUUGGGGCUGGGGCAAAUCCCAUGCUACUAACGAGUCCAAGGAACAGGAGGAAUCCACGACAUUGGUCAAGGAGCUCCAAAAUGAAAAUGAAACAGUGCAGCUGAAAUCUGGCCAAACCUACCGUAUAGAGAUGAGUUUGUGUGGGUUUUCGGCAUUCGGCUACGAUCAAGAUGAAAAUGCCCUGCUCUUCAAUAACCAGCAAGUGAGCUACGAUGCCUUUGUGCACAACCCAAGCAUUCUGAACGAUCCUCGACUUGUGUUUCGUUACAGGAACCAUUAUUUUGCUGCUGUAAGAAACAGCCCAUUGUUUACCUCGUUGCUGAUAUUCAAGAAACCAUUGGAAAAGGAGGACACAUCCAGCAACAAGGUGUCGGAUAAUCGAGAGUCGUAUUCGUAUGGUGUUGGUUGGAGACAGUGGUUGAGUCGCUCAUCGUCCGCAGAUCCAGUACCUACACUUGGAACGCUCGAGAAGGGAGACAUUGGCAGCAGUGAACAUGAUCAGCAAGUGCCAGACGCAAAUAGCCAGCAAAAUGCACCAUUUACAGGCGAGCAAACAACAUUCACAACCACCACCAAGACCACAUCUGUAGGCUGGAGCCCAGAUCACACCCAUGACGAUGGUCCCUUUUUCACCAAACGUAAAAACUAUGCCAAAACGCUUCGUCUCACAUCUGAACAGUUGAGGAAUUUGAACCUCAAAAAAGGUGUCAAUACCAUCAGUUUCUCUGUUAGUUCAGCGUAUCAAGGCACUGCUACAUGCGUCGCCAAAGUGUUCUUUUGGGACUACGAUAUUCAAGUGGUAAUAUCAGACAUUGACGGCACCAUCACCAAGUCAGAUACCAUGGGCCAUCUCAUGACCAUGAUUGGCAAGGACUGGACACAUGCUGGCGUAGCUCAACUGUACACGGACAUUGCCAACAAUGGAUACCACUUUAUGUACCUCACCAGUAGAGCCAUUGGACAAGCAGAUUACACCAGAGACUACCUCAAAAAAGUGCUUCAAGGCAAUUAUCAGCUUCCAGAUGGGCCUGUUAUCAUGUCGCCUGAUCGCUUGUUCACUUCUCUGCAUCGUGAGGUGAUUAUGAGAAAGCCAGAAAUGUUCAAAAUGGCUUGUUUACGUGAUAUUCAGCGAUUAUUUGGCGGACGAGACCCCUUUUACGCUGGUUUUGGUAACCGUAUCACAGAUGCCAUCUCAUAUCGUAGUGUCAACGUGCCGUCCUCGAGGAUUUUCACCAUUGAUGCACAGGGCGAUGUCAAACUGGAGCUUGUGACAGGGUUUAAAUCAUCGUAUGUUCAUCUGAAUGACCUGGUAGAUCAGAUAUUUCCACCCAUUGACAAGACUAUUCAAGAGGAAUACAGCGAUUACAAUUUCUGGAAGCCUCCUAUGCCUGAAAUCAAUAUACCAGAGUUGGAAGAAGAAGGACCUCUACCGACAUCGCCCAAGCCAAAGCCCAUCAAGCCAGAUCCAACAAGUCUCCCCAAAGAAUCAGUGGUUGCAUUUGAACCAGAGCCUAAGCGCGGCAUCUUGCGUAGCUUCACAUCCAGGUCUUCCUCGAGUUCCAUCACCACUAAAAAGGCAGCACUUGUCAAGAAACCAUCCUUACUCCCACAACCAUCACUAGCCAAGACACUGUCAUCGCACAAUAGUGCCCCUGAUCUGACGAUCGAAGCAGCAGCCCACAGCAAAGUGCUAUCUGAUGACGAUGAUGAUGCAGACUCAAUCAAUUUAGCGUCGCCUAGAUCACUGCCAGAUGAUUACAAACCAUCCACCAUCGAGCCCGAUAAUAGCAUAGCACCACCGCAACCUACCACCCGAGCAAGGUCAUCUUCAAGUAUCAUGAGCAAGGUCAUUGGUGGUGUAUUCUCUCGACGAGUAGUAAGUCAUAGUGAUCUGAACCUGAGCAAGAAGCCAUUAGCUGAGGAAAAGCAGAAAGAGAAGGAGAAGCAGCAGCCGCAAGAAGACAAUGAAGAUGAUCUGUAUGCGUCUGAAAUGGAUGAUUUGGAUCUAGACGAGAUUCCCUUUAUAUAA